ACACGAAAUGGUGUUGGCUACACAUUUAUAAUUAUUACUUUAAUAGUGUUUAAUUGUGAAAUUAAUUUCUAGUAUCUAUUUAGUAACAAGGUUGCGUGAACUUUAAUUUAUGAUUCUAUUUAAUUCAUAAUGGCGACAAUUAUAAAUAAGCUGUUAGUAGGAUAUGACUUUCUGUUUGACGAAUUAGCCGAUCCGAGGACGAAAAAUUGGUUCUUAAUUGCCAAGCCGUUUCAAUGCAUAUUUAUCUUAGCGGUUUAUUUAAUGUUUGUAUUAAAAUGGGGGCCUAGGUUCAUGAAGAAUCGUCCAUCUUAUAAUAUAGAUACAAUAAUGAUUUUAUAUAACGCAAUACAAGUGAUUUGCUGUGGCUAUAUAUUUGUUGCGGGAAUAAUAGCAGCAUGGGGUUGGAAGUACAAAUUGUUUUGCGAGCCAAUCGACUAUUCGAAUUCUAAAUCAGCUUUAGAGAUAGCAUCAAUUACGUACUACUAUUUUUUACUGAAAAUUUUGGAUUUAAUGGAUACGGUAUUCUUCGUUCUAAGGAAGAAGUAUAAUCAAAUAUCGUUCCUACAUAUCUACCAUCACACGGGAAUGGUAAUCCUCAUUUGGGGUGCUACUACAUACUUACCUGGAGGCCAUGGCACAUUGGUUGGAAUAAUAAAUUCAUUCGUACAUACUGUGAUGUAUUCGUACUAUUUAAUAAGUGUUGCUAUGCCAAAAACAAAGGAAUUGUUGUGGAUUAAGAAGCAUGUGACACAAAUUCAAAUAUUACAGUUUUUCCUGUGUGUCGUGCACAUGGGCAGUAUAGCGUUCAUGCCUGACUGCGAGUAUCCCAGAUGGACUGCCGCAAUCUUCCUUCCGCAGAAUUUAUUCAUUCUUAUACUUUUUAUGGACUUCUAUAUUAAGACAUAUAUCAAAAAACCCAAAACGACCACACCUGUUACGAAAUUAGAAGAAGAAUCACGUGAAAGUGAUGUAGGUUGUAAUAAUUUAGAAGGAAAAGAAAAUAACGGAUGUAUCCAGCGUAUUAUCAAAUCGGAGAAAAUAGAAUCGAAGUUGGUUUGAAGAAAAGUAUAUUAGAUAAUAAGUCUUAUAAUUAAAUGUAUUAUUUAAGAGUUUAUUAUUGAUAUUAAAAUAAUAUUACUUC